AUGCCACGUGCUCCAAGAACUUACUCAAAGACUUACUCCACCCCAGCUAGACCAUACGAAUCAGCUCGUUUGGAUGCUGAAUUGAAAUUGGCUGGUGAAUACGGUUUGAAAAACAAGAGAGAAAUCUACAGAAUCGGUUUCCAAUUGUCCAAGAUUAGAAGAGCUGCUCGUAACUUGUUGACCAGAGAUGAAAAAGACCCAAAGAGAUUGUUUGAAGGUAAUGCUUUGAUUAGAAGAUUGGUUAGAGUUGGUGUUUUGUCUGAAGACAAGAUGAAGUUGGAUUAUGUCUUGGCUUUGCAAAUUGAAGAUUUCUUGGAAAGAAGAUUGCAAACUCAAGUUUUCAAAUUGGGUUUGGCUAGAUCAAUCCACCACGCUAGAGUCUUGAUUACUCAAAGACACAUUGCUGUUGGUAAACAAAUUGUCAAUGUUCCAUCAUUCGUUGUCAGAUUGGAAUCCCAAAAACACAUUGACUUUGCUCAAUCCUCCCCAUACGGUGGUGGAAGACCAGGUAGAGUUAAGAGAAGAUCUCAAAACAAGAAGAGUGAAGGUGGUGAAGAUGCUGAAGAAGAAGAAGAAUAA